AUGACAUCCAACGACAGUUUCUCUCCGUUAGCGAUCUUCUUCUUUUUAUUUUACGGCACUGUUUUCGUCGUUUCAUUUGUGGGUAAUACAUGGGUCUUGGUGACAUGUUAUCGGAACUUGAAUAGAAAUCAGUUUUCUCUGAUGUGGUAUGUCGCUAACUUGGCAUCCGCGGAUCUCCUAUUUACAUUUCUCACUCCUUUCGACGCCAUUAGCUUUGCUUGGCGAUGGGUCGGCGGUAACACAACAUGCAAACUUCAAGGGUUUCUCAUCGAAACAAGUUAUACUACUUCAAUCACAACGCUUGUGGUUAUAAGUCAUCUUAGACUCAAAGCUGUAACAGAUCCCUUGAAUUCCAGAAGUGGUAGAUUCUCGAAUAGAGAAUAUACGAAACUAGUUAUCAUCUGGAGUAUUUGCUUGGUCAUUUGCUCACCCAUAGCACAUAUUUACAGGGUCGAACCCGACGAGAAUGGGAAACUUGUGUGCACCAACACAACAUGGGGAAGUAUUGGCAGGCAAAUAUACUACACCCUACACGCAGUAUUUUUCUUCAUUAUUCCAUUGAUAUAUAUAAUCGUCACACAACAAAAAAUUUCACGAUCUCUCAAAGCGAACGUUAUCCCAAUAGGCAACUCGCAUAUCAUGAAAUCAAAUCAAAGACAAAAGAGAGUUGCCAAGACACUUGUAGCUCUAUCUCUUGCUUUUGUUUUGUGUUGGACUUCAUUCAUGAUUCUUAGAACACUGAUGUACUUUGACUUAGCGUCCCCCGGCCUAGGCUGGAGAGCGGCUCAACUUAUGAUUUUUCUUAAUACGGCACUUGAUCCUUUAUUAUACGGCUAUUAUGGGGGAAAUUUAAAGUCUAAAGUGCGUAGCAUUCUUCGCUGCAAUUACCAGAACAGGUUGAACCCAGAAUCCAUCGCCUCAACGCCGUUUCACACAAGCCACUCGCUGGGUAUGCGAGAAACACAUGAGAAGGUCUCGAAAAACUGAGCAAGAAACAAAACUUAUCUUGCGGAAAAUCAUUCCUAUCGAUAAGACUAUACUUAAAAAAAAAAUUAA